GAGCACAGGGGACACAGCGGAUCACCGAUCCACGGAAAGAGACGUAGAUGUCGGCUCAGUGAUGUGAUCAGCUGUGUCCAAUCACAGCUGAUCACAUGGGACAUGUACACUGAUCAUCAGGGCACUGAUGAUCAGUGUGGCCCCAGAAGUGCCACCUGUCAGUGUCCAUCAGUGCCAGCUGUCAGUGCUGAACAGUGCCACCUGCCAGUGCCCAUCAGUGCCACAUAUCAGUGCCUACCAGUGCACAUCAAUGCCAUAUAUCAGUGCCCAUCUGAGCUGCCUUUCAUUGUCACCCAUCAGUGCCAAUCAGUGCUGCCUAACAGUGACAGUCAG